AUGGCGUCUUAUGGGGCAGGAAUACCGACGCUAAUGCCGCGUAUCAGCGAGCUCUAUGGUGCCAGUGGUGGUGCUUUUCGGGUAGGAGAAGCAGAGUCAUACAUGCAAGAUCUGGACGAGCUCGAACGCGAAGAAAUAGCGUUCGAAAACACAGUCCAAGAGCUGGUAAAUCGCCGAGCACCAGUGCCCAUUGGUGUUAAAUUCCACCGCGAAGGAGCUGCCAGUACCUUGCAAAAGGAAGUAGCAAUAGGAUCCGAAGUGUUUAGAGAAAGCAAAGCGUCUCAAGAACCAGAGGGUCUAGGAAUGGAGUCGAGUUCAUCCGCAGAAGAAGAAGAGGAAGAAGAGGAAGAUAUGGACGAGGACGAGAUGAUGGUUGAGGAUGAUCAAGACGACGAGGAAACAACAGGAAGAGCGACAAUUGUACGAGGUGAGACGCAGCAACGAGGUGACGACUCGUUUGCACGUGAUAUUGCAUCAAGUGACGACUCGUUUGCGCGUGGAAUCGAGUCAGAUGACGAUUCGAUGGAGAUGGAAUAG